AUGAAAGUGCUGUUGUUGCUCUUUAUGGGAUGCUUCUUUAAGCUGGGAUCAAGUAAGGGGAUCAGUGAUGAAACUGGAGCUGCUUGUCUCUUUGUAGCUUCAAAUUUCAGCAACUAUCCAUUUGAUUGUGCUCAACCAGAUCUAGAAUAUAAAUGCCGAUGCUUGAGCCCUGAGUUCUUGGGAACAGUUUUGCUCUGCAUCGAUGAUAAUACUGAUGAAAUUGAUGAACUCACUCGAGCCUUUGACUAUAUUAAGGAAGUCUGUGGUGUCCAGGGAAGUAAGAAGUACUCCUUUACUCAAUUGAUCGAUGUAUUUGACAAUGCAACAUCUCACGCAAUACCUGUUUCAGUGGUGAAUGGUUUGAACAAGUCACAGCUCCAUAACCCAGUAAUACCUGAUGCUCAAAGGUUCGCAUCUUCCCAGGAAUCUGUUCGGCGUUUGUUGAACCACAGAUAUAAAAGCACAAAGUAUGGCGUAGGAUUAAUUGGCUAUUGGGGUUUGAGCUUGAUUCUGGCCACUACAAACAAUGUUUUACAAUGGUGCUUUCCUUACAUUUAUAUGAACAUGAAUGGAGACACUACUCGUUGGCUAAGAGAGCACGUAAUUUGUCCUCAACUGAUCUCGGAGAGUCAUUUCAGAAAAAACUCUAGAAUAAACACAUUCGUGAACUCUUUGCUAAGAAGUUUUCCUAUAAGAGUUCAAUCAAUAACAGUGGCAUUCUACAUGGCUCUGGUGACAAUAUUUUGCACUGUAGAUUAUCAACUAUACCGCCCUAACUCAAUAUUUCCGUGGAAGAAUGCUCAACUGUUUGCUUACAUUGCUGAUAGAACUGGUAUUUUAGCAAUUACGCAAUUGCCGAUGUUGAUCUUAUUUUCAGGAAGGAACAACGUACUUCAACUCAUUACCGGAUGGCCCUAUCGAACUUUCAACAUUUUUCACAGAUGGAUUGCUAGAACAGUUUGGAUUCUUGUACUAUUGCAUGCCGUGUUCUAUGUAGCCUUUACCGCAUCUUGUUCCAAUUAUAGAGAACGUUGGAUGAUAAACAAGUGGAGGUGGGCUAACACAGCUUUUGUUGCCGCUUCAAUAUCCAUAUUUCUGAGCUCACGAUACUUCAGACGAAAAUGCCAUCAGCUGUUCGUAUCUAGUCAUCAAAUAUUGGCAAUUAUUUUUGUUUUGGGAUGCUGGUACCAUUGCCUGACGUUGGGCUGGAUGGAGUUUCUCUAUAUCACUGUAGCUAUUUGGGCUCUAGAAUACUUUUCUAGAUUUGGAAAAAUCAUGCUUAGUGGUGGGAUAGUUCAGGGUAAAUGCACAUUAGUCCUCAACAAAAAGCUUGAACCUCAUUCCUUGAGAAUCACAGUACAUCAUAGCGGUUGGUGGAGAAGUUUUCCUGGAGCGUAUAGUUAUCUUUACUUCCUAAAACCGAAAUUUUUUUGGCAAUCUCACCCAUUCACCAUUUUAGGGCCUGCGAGGCAGGAAGAUUUCAACAAAUUGGUUUUUUUAAUUCGUAUCAAGAAUGGAAUUACCAAGAAACUCGGAAACUAUAUCAUGAGGCAGGAAAACCUCAUGUGCACGCUUCCCAUGUUGGUUGAAGGACCAUAUGGCUCAACGAUUCCGUUUAAGGCUUAUCAACAUUCAAUAUUUUUUGCUGGAGGUGUAGGUAUAACAGUGGUCUACACGUUUGCCAUGGAUCUGGCACAUACAUAUCUUGCUGAUAAGGCCAAGAAUCAUUCGAUCAAUGUAAUCUGGUCAGCACCCACCAUCUCUGCAAUUGAAGAGUUUGUGGACGAGAUUGAAGCACUGUCAAGGUUUGAAAUGGUGAAGGUUAUAAUUUAUCUGACUAGAGAACUUGAAGCCAUUCUGCCCAUUGACGACCAGGAGCUGAAAAUUGCGCCAAAAGAAAUGGGAGAUCCUAUUGAGUUGGUCAAUUCGUGCACUGAUUUGUCCAAUAAUGAGUUAGUACAUCUUUUGGAUCCACUCUCAACUGGCUCAAAAGAACUUCCAACUGAGCUGAAUCAACGUAUGAAUGAAAUUAUUUCUACAACAGAGGAGCGAGUGUCACCGGUGGAGUAUGAUGCUACGAGGGAGAAGCUGCAGAAUGUAUUUUUCAGGUGUAAGGUUAACUUAGGAAGAAGGCCAAGCAUCAAAAAAGAGCUCCCAGGAUUAUUGAAGCUUAUUCCGGAUACAACAGCUGUGGUUUCAUGCGGUCCUGAUAAAAUGAACCGAGAUGUCAGAAAUGCGGUAGCUAAAAGUCUACGGGAGCCCAAUAAGGGUCGAAUUGACUAUUUUGAAGAAGAGCUAGUCUGGUAA